AUGAUGGUCUCUAAGUUUGGAAGGAGGAAGAAGAAAAAGUGUCACAAUAGACAAAAUAUGUUUUUUCUUUGUCACUGUGAUGAUGAUAUCGUCCAUUAUAUUUGUAAGAAGAUAGGCCAGUUUUUACAAGUUCGUAUUGGAAUUUUUGCCAACACCUUCCUGCUUCUCUUCCACAUCUUCAUGCUACUUCUGGAUCAUAGACCUAAGCCAACUGUCCUGAUCAUCUAUCACUUGGCCUUUGUCCACAUAAUGAAACUCUUCACUGCACUGUUUUUAAUGUCUACAGACCUGUUUGAAGUACUGAACAUUCUAAAUGAUUUCAAAUGCAUGGCUUUAUUCUGCAUGAUCGGGAUGACACGGGAUCUCUCCUUGAGCACCACCUGCCUCCUCAGCAUGUUCAAGGCCAUCAUGAUCAGCCCUGGCACCUCCUGGUUGGCCAGCUUUAAACAUACGUGCAAAAGGUACAUCUUCCAUUCUUUUAUCAUCUUACGGUUUCUCAGUUUGUCUCUCAUUAGUAACUGCAUCUUGUAUACUGCUGCUCCUUCUAAUGUGACCCAGAGCAAUCUACUGUGUGUCAGUAAACACUGCUCACUUUCCCGCCUAAACUCCAUCAUCAGGGGGCUGUUUUUCAUUUUGACAUUAUCCAGGGAUUUUUUCUUCACGGGAGUCAGGCUGCUCUCAAGUGCAUACAUGGUGACCUUCUUGUCCAGGCAUCAGAGGCAGUGCCAGCACCUUCACAGCACCAGCCUCUCCGCAAGAGUCUCCCCAGAGACAAGGGUCACCCAGACCGUCCUGUUGUUUGUGAGUUUCUUUGUGGCCAUGUACUGGGUGGACGACAUCAUCUCCUUCUCCGCAACUCUGUUAUGGACAUAAGACAGAGUCAUCCUGGAUUUUCAGAAGCUUGUGUCCAAUGUCUAUCCCACUAUCAGUGCAUUGGUGUUAAUUUGUUCUGAUAAAAAAAAAAAUGUGUUUCAAAAGUGUAGGAAAAUGACAGUCAAUUUACAAUUAUUUAUUCAUGAAUUAACCUGA